AUGGAUGGAGGAGACGGAAGAACUGCAUAUGUAGACUUUUCAACCAAAGUAUCCGGUUUUGACACCGAUAUAAAGAUCCUCGAAACAAAUACACACAUAUUUAUAUAUGUGAGCCAAUGUGAAGAAACAAUUCAUUUGUACGAUGAAGCUUUAAGAAAGGAAAUAGUCAAGAAUAAAGUAAGACCUAAGAAAAAACUGGUGGUGUUUUGUAAUAUGAAGGUUCAUGAAAAUUUUAAUGAUAUCAAAAAUGUAGUGCUAGAUAUAUUAAGAAAAUAA